AUGACUGAGUCUUCUUUUCUCGAAAAGAUUUCGGCCUACAUGGCUGAGAAUAAAAGACAAGCGGCUCUCGAAGCCGAGAUAACAAACAUGGCUAACAAAGCCACAUAUGGUGAAAUCUAUAACACAGGACCUGUGGAGUACUCUAAACUAAAACCCCCUGACGAACAAGUACCUGUGGAACCAACAGAACAGAGGUUAGACGCCAUCUACGACGAAGAGCCUCUGGGAUUUGAAAAAGAUCCAGUAACGUCAAGUGCAAAGAUGUUAGCGCAAGAUCCUUUCGAAGAGAUUGAUCUCAGAAAUGGAAGUGCAAAAAGAAUUACCUACAUCAGCGCUAAACUGGACCCUAAGUUGAAAGUGAGAGUUAUUAAAUUGCUAAGAAAAAACAAAGAUUGCUUCGCUUGGGAUUACGACGAGAUGCCUGGUUUGGAGAGGGACUUGGUCGAAUUAAAGCUGCCUAUCAAGGAUGGCAAGAAGCCCAUCAAGCAGACUCCAAGAAGAUUCGCCCUAGGAAUCCUCUCGAAGAUCAAAAAAGAGGUCGAAAGACUUCUUCGUUGCAAUUUCAUCAGGACCACAAGGUAUGUCGAUUGGAUUGAAAAUAUAGUCCCUGUUAUCAAGAAAAAUGGCUCUUUGCGAAUAUGUAUAGAUUUUCGUGAUCUAAAUGCAGCAACUCCUAAAGAUGAGUAUCCAAUGCCUGUGGCAGAGAUGCUGGUUGACUCAGCCGCAGGCUAUGAAUAUCUCAACAUGCUUGAUGGGUAUUCUGGCUAUAAUCAGAUUUUCAUUGCAGAAGAGGAUGUUCCUAAAACAGCUUCUCGAUGUCCAGGGGCAAUAGGCACUUAUGAGUGGAUAGUUAUUCCCUUUGGCCUAAAAAACGCUGAGGCAACAUACCAGCGAGCAAUGAAUUCUAUAUUCCAUGAUUAUAUAAAGACAUUUAUGCAAGUGUACAUAGAUGACAUUGUGAUAAAAUCUACGUCAGAUGAAGAUCAUCUAACCCAUCUCAGCCAAUCAUUCGAAAGAAUGAGAAAACAUGGCUUGAAAAUGAAUCCUCUUAAGUGUGCAUUCUUUGUGCAGGCUGGAGAUUUUCUGGGCUUUGUGGUCCACAAAAAGGGGAUAGAAAUCAAUCAGAACAAGACAAAGGCUAUUAUGGAAACCAAAGCACCAUCAACCAAAAAAGAAUUGCAAUCAUUAUUAGGAAAGAUAAACUUCCUAAGAAGAUUCACUUCGAAUUUAAGUGGUCGAACUCAAGCCUUCUCUCCCCUUCUGCGCCUGAAACAAGGGAAGUUCGAAUGGAAUGACGAACAACAAAAGGCAUUCGACAAGAUCAAACUUUAUCUGACGAAUCCUCCUAUCUUGGCACCACCAUGUGGAAAGAAGCCUAUGAGACUGUUUAUAUCAACUUCCGACACUACCAUAGAAUAUGAAGCCCUUAUUGUAGGACUUGAGGCUUUGUUGGAAUUGGGGGCAACUAGGGUCGAAAUUAAAGGAGACUCAGAAUUAGUAAUCAAGCAACUGACAAAGGAGUACAGAUGUAUAAAAGAAAAUUUGAUUAUGUACUUCGUCAUUGCAAACAGUUUACUCAAAAAAUUCGAAUACAUCGACAUAAAACAUGUCCUUAGAAUAAAAAACCAAGAGGCUAAUGACUUAGCACAAAUAGCUUCAGGAUAUAGAAUUUCAAAAGAGAAGCUAGAAGAACUUGUCGAAGUAAGAGGAAAGGCAAUGGCUUCCAGAUUGUCUCAGGCAGAUUUGGAAAGCACCCAGUUAGGAUAUGCUAACAAGGAGGAGUUUGAAGUAUUGGCCAUUGAUACUUUAAUAGAUACAGAUUGGAGGAACCCAAUUAUUAAUUAUCUUAAGGACCCUUCGACAGAUACUAAAAGAAAAACCAAGUACAGGGCUUUAUCUUACGUGUUGAUAGGGAAUGAAUUAUUCAAGAAAACCUCUGAAGGGAUCCUGUUGAAAUGCUUAGGAGAAAGUGAAGCUUACUUGGCAUUAUCUACUGUACAUAGUGGAGCUUGUGGAGCACACCAGGCAGACCAUAAGAUGAAAUGGUUGCUUUUCAGAUAUGGAAUGUAUUGGCCCACCAUGUUAAAAGAUUGUAUAGAGUUUGCUAAGGGUUGCCAAGAAUGUCAAAUUCAUGCAGGAAUUCAACAUGCUCCUGCAAGAAAAAAGCCAAAAAAUUGGCACAAAACUUUAGACCAAGCGUUUUGGGCUUGUCGAACCUCCCCUAAAGAAGCCACUAACACUACACCUUUCCAGCUUACAUUUGGACAUGAUGUAGUAUUACCUGUCGAAAUCUACUUGCAAUCAAUGAGAAUCCAAAGACAAGGAGAAAUUCCAUCUGACUUAUACUGGGAAAUGAUGGUAAAUGAGCUGGUGGAUUUGGACGAAGAAAGGUUGCAUGCGUUGGAAGUAUUAAGAAGACAUAAGGAGAGGGUAGCAAGGGCAUACAAUAAGAGGGUCAAAGGUAAAACCUUCACUAUGAAUGAUUUAGUUUGGAAAGUGACAUUACCUAUGGAUUGA